AUGAGAGAUGUACCAAACUACCACCAUUCUUACACCUUCUCCGUCUUCUCCGUCUUCAUUCUUCUGUUCCCUGCGUUCUCUGUCUCUGCCAACACUUUGUCGGCUACAGAAUCUCUGACAAUCUCAAGCAACAAAACCAUUUUGUCUCCUGGUAACAUCUUCGAGCUCGGUUUCUUCAAAACCGGUUCAAAUUCUCGUUGGUAUCUCGGGAUUUGGUACAAGACAAUCUCCAAGAGAACGUACGUAUGGGUUGCAAACAGAGACACUCCUCUCUCCAAUUCCAUCGGCACUCUAAAAAUCUCCGAGAACAAUCUCGUCAUUUUGGAUCAAUCCGAUACACCGGUUUGGUCGACGAAUCUGACCGGAGGAGAUUUGAGAUCGCCGGCGAUGGCUGAGCUUCUCGACAACGGUAACUUCGUGCUCAGAGACUCCAACAACAACAAUCCGUAUGGAGUUCUAUGGCAGAGUUUCGAUUUUCCGACUGAUACUCUACUGCCGGAGAUGAAGCUCGGCUGGGAUCUCAAAACCGGAUUUAACCGAUUCUUGAGAUCGUGGAAAACUCCGGAUGAUCCGUCAAGCGGCGAUUUCUCGUUCAAACUCGAAACCAGGGGCUUCCCUGAGGCUUUUCUAUGGAACAGAGAGUCACGAGUGUACCGGAGCGGUCCAUGGAAUGGAAUCCGGUUUAGCGGCGUACCGGAAAUGCAACCGUUUGAUUACAUGGUUUUCAAUUUCACUGCGAGUAAUGAUGAAGUGACGUAUUCAUUCAGAGUCACGAAGAGUAACAUUUACUCGAGAUUAAGCUUAAGCUCCUCCGGAUUGUUACAACGGUUCACUUGGAUUGAGACAGCGCAGAGUUGGAACCAGUUUUGGCUCGCACCGAAGGAUCAAUGCGAUGAGUACAAAGAGUGUGGGAGUUACGGUUACUGCGACUCGAACACGUCACCGGUUUGUAACUGUAUCAAAGGGUUUGUGCCGAGGAAUCCGCAGGUUUGGGGGUUGAGAGAUGGGUCGGAUGGUUGCGUGAGGAAGACGCAACUGAGGUGUGACGGUGGAGAUGGGUUUUUGCGGUUGAAGAAAAUGAAAUUGCCGGAUACUAAUGCGACGAGUGUGGACAGAGGGAUUGGGAUUAAAGAGUGUGGAGAGAAGUGCAAGAAGGAUUGUGAUUGUACGGCGUUUGCGAAUACGGAUAUCCGAAAUGGAGGAUCCGGUUGUGUGAUUUGGACCGGAGAGAUUUCGGAUAUCCGGAAUUAUGCUAAGGGAGGUCAGGAUCUUUACGUUAGAUUGGCUGCUAAUGAUCUCGAGGACAAUCGAAACAGUAAUGCAAAAAUCAUAGGUUCGAUUACUGGAGUGAGCGUUUUGCUUCUUUUAUUUUUCAUAAUCUUCCGCUUUUGGAAAAGGAAGCAGAAGCGACCGAUAGCCAUUGAAACAUCAUUUGCUGAUCAGGUGAGAAGCCGAGAUUUGCUAAUGAAUGAAGUGGUAAUAUCAAGUAGGAGACACAUAUCUAGUGACAACAGAACAGAGGAUCUUGAAUUGCCGUUGAUGGAUUUUGAAGCAGUUGCGAUGGCCACAUACAAUUUUUCUAACGCCAACAAGCUCGGCCAAGGUGGUUUUGGUAUAGUUUACAAGGGAAGGUUACUUGACGGACAAGAAAUCGCUGUGAAAAGACUAUCGAAAAUGUCAGCUCAAGGAACUGAUGAGUUCAAGAACGAGGUGAGACUCAUUGCAAGGCUUCAGCACAUAAACCUUGUUCGUCUUCUUGGAUGUUGCGUUGAUGAGGGAGAGAAAAUGUUGAUCUAUGAGUACUUGGAGAAUCUAAGCCUAGAUUCUCAUCUCUUUGACAAAACUCGAAGCUGUAACCUAAAUUGGCAAAAGAGAUUUGAUAUUACGAAUGGUAUUGCUAGAGGACUUCUAUAUCUUCACCAAGAUUCCCGGUUUAGGAUUAUCCAUAGAGACUUGAAAGCGAGCAAUGUCUUGCUUGAUAAAGACAUGACUCCGAAAAUCUCGGAUUUUGGGAUGGCUAGGAUCUUUGGACGGGACGAGACAGAAGCUAAUACGAGGAAGGUGGUCGGAACUUACGGCUACAUGUCUCCUGAAUACGCAAUGGAUGGAAUAUUCUCUACGAAAUCUGAUGUUUUCAGCUUUGGGGUUUUGCUUCUUGAGAUCAUAAGUGGCAAAAGGAACAAAGGAUUCUACAACUCUAAUCAUGACAUGAAUCUUCUCGGUUGUGCGUGGAGGAAUUGGAAAGAAGGAGAAGGACUAGAGAUUGUAGAUCCGAUCAUCGUAGAUUCUUCAUCAUCAACGUUCCGGCCACGUGAAAUAUUAAGGUGUAUACAAAUUGGUCUCUUGUGUGUUCAAGAGCGUGCGGAGGACAGACCAACGAUGUCAUCGGUGGUUUUGAUGCUCGGAAGCGAAACAACGGCUAUCCCGCAGCCUAAGGCUCCCGGUUAUUGCGUCGGAAGAAGUCCUCUUGACACUGAAUCAUCGUCGUGUAAACGGCGCUACGAUGAAUCUUGGUCAGUGAAUCAACUAACUGUAUCGGUUCUUGACCCUCGGUAA